AACAGCUCCACUAAACACGACUUCUUAUAAUAGCGGUCACUUGUGGCAGAUUUUCAGGAGACCCUCAGCCGGAUUCUUGCUGUUUAGGGGUACAAGGGAGCUAUGACAAGCCAUGAAUCAGAAAAGUUCACAUGCCGGUCCGGAGCUUUGAAACCUGAGGGAUAUUUUGAGGCGACUAUGAGAAGAUGAAGAGACAAAACGUGCGGACACUCGCCUUAAUUAUCUGCACUUUGUCCUAUUUGCUCAUUGGAGCGGGAGUCUUCGACGCUCUCGAGUCAAAGCAAGAGAAAAGCCAGAAGGGCAAACUCGACUAUCGAAAAUUUCUACUUAUGCUUAAAUAUAAUCUCACCAGGCUUGACUUUGAUCAGAUUGAAAAGGUCGUGUUGCUUCUGAAGCCUCACAAAGCUGGAGUACAGUGGAAGUUCGCCGGGUCUUUUUAUUUCGCCAUCACUGUGAUAACGACCAUAGGUUAUGGCCAUGCUGCCCCCAGUACGGAUGCUGGGAAAGCGUUCUGCAUGGGGUAUGCGCUUCUGGGCAUCCCCCUCACGCUGGUAAUGUUCCAGAGCCUGGGCGAACGCAUCAACACCUUCGUCCGCUUCCUGUUGCACAAAGCCAAGAAAUGCAUGGGCCUGCGGCGGCCGGAAGUCUCCAUGGCCAACAUGGUGAUCAUCGGCUUCUUUUCCUGCAUCAGCACCUUGUGCAUAGGAGCAGCUGCCUUCUCCCACUACGAAGGCUGGACCUUUUUCCAUGCCUUCUACUACUGUUUCAUAACCCUCACCACCAUCGGUUUUGGAGACUACGUAGCUCUACAGAAGGACAACGCUCUCCAGAACGACCCUCAUUACGUGGCCUUUAGUUUUGUCUAUAUCCUGAUGGGCCUCACAGUAAUUGGUGCUUUCCUCAAUCUAGUGGUGCUACGGUUCAUGACGAUGAACACUGAGGACGAGAGAAGAGAUGCAGAGCAGAGGGCGCUGCUCUCCAACGAUAAACCAAAAGGUCUGGUUUCACGGCGUCCGGACCCUCUGAGCCCAUCCGCCGUUGGGCGAGAUAAAAGGCGGGGGCUGAAGAGCGUCUACGCUGAGGUGCUCCACUUCCAGACGGUGUGCUCCUGCCUGUGGUACAAAAGCCGUGAGAAAAUGGUGAUCCUCCCACAGGACAUGUCCUUCACUGAUGCGCUAAUGGAGCAAGGAGACGUAUCGCCCCACCACUUCUUCGAACCCGGCUCCACAGGCUGUGUGUGUAACCCUCAACGCUGCUCAGCCAUUAGCACUGUGUCUGCUGACCUGGGAAACAUCUCACCGUUUAGGCUUUUCUCCAAGAGACGCAGCUCUGUUUGAAUCACCUCACUUUCUUAUACAGUCACUGUAGAUCUUUAAUGAGUCAUGUGUGUUAUUUUCAUAGCAUUCACAUAAAGAUGCUUGAAUGGACCACCCAAGAUUAGGUGGACUGAUGAAAGAGCUCCACCAGGAGUCUUUUUACAUAAACACAUCUAUACUCAUUCAACACUUUGAUAACUAUUUUGAGAAUUCAUAUGGUCUUCUAUGUCAAAACACUCAUUUACACCUGGAUAUAGUGCAAUAGACAGUAGUUCUUUACAAAGUCUAACCAAAACAGUCUGAUCUGCAAUGCUGUUUUAUCUUGUUCAGAUGGUAUAAGAAGUGUGAAUUUUUUAACUUUCAUUAAUUCAAGUCAUUUUUGGCUUUGCAUUUCAGGGUUUUGUGCUAUUCAGAAUUAGACUGAGAACAGCUUUUAAAUUUCAGUUCAAUUCUUGAAUUUGAGUUGAAUUGGAAAUGAUAUAACAAACUUGAAUGCAUAAUUGCAAUUUUAAUUUGUACAAGGAAGUAGGCUUAAAAUGUAGUGAAAUUCAAAGAAAUUCACUUAAUUUUACACAAGAAAGUAGAGCUAAAGCAUUACAAACAUUCAUACAAAGAUUCAUACAAAUACAAACAGACAGACUCACAAUAAAUGGAUAGUUCGAUAAAAAUCUCAUUCUGUGGAACAAAUAUGAGAUGGAAGGGAAAAAAAUAUAUUGCAGUGCAUUUCUGUUCAUUCACAAAAUUUUGCAUGCAGUCUCUAAACUGAUGAUGGAAAUAUUUUUUUAAAAAUAAUUUUUAAAUAAUAAAUAAUUUUUCCUCACAUCUCAUCUCUUUGGCGGAUAAAUGAUAUGCAUUGAAAUUCUUUAAAUUACAAUUCAAUACAUUCCUCUUCCUAUCAAUUCAACUUGGGUGUGGCCAAUUCAACUCAAAUUUAACUCCUUAAAAAGAAGCCAGCUCUGCAAUUCUGCAAUUUGCACAACCCUGUUGGAUCAAUGGUUUUUGCAUUGUUGCAAUGUUGAGAAACCACAUCUGACACUCUUUAUUAAGAAUACGAUGAUCUGAUAUUAUUACCAGACUGCCACUCCAUUAAUGUAAUGAGUCCUUUAUAAUACACCGUGCUAGACUUCAGUGUAACCAGCAAAAUGAAACACCCAUCAGGUAUUUGUUGAUCCAGAUGGCAUACCGACAUGACUCCUGCUUUCUGCCCAGCUCUGUACAGUGUGUUAAGGGAAUAAUCUGACCUUUUGAAAGCUCCUGAAGUAAAUUAACCUGAUGGAGGUCACACGGAGUGAUAAAACAAUAUUCAGAUUGGCAGCAGAUGACUAGGACACAGUUGUCUAUGUAACGGGGAUAUCGAGUCAACAUCUCGGCACGGCAAGUUUAUUAGACUCUUGAACCAGAGGUAUUUAAUUACUCUUGAUGUUUAGCACAUAAAAUUCCUUUGAAGAUAAAGUAUAAAUAUGACCUUGAUCUGAGCUGGAGCUCUAGGAAAAACAGCAGUUAUCGCAUACGGACCCUCCAAGUGCUCUCAGCACUGAUCUGGACAUCGUGUCCUGUGUAUCCUCCAUGAUUCUGAGAGGCCUUGCUGCUCAGGCUAUGUUUGGCCCACACAGGAGUGUGUGUCAUCUUCACAUCCUGCCAAGGAGAAAGCACUCUGUGCCCAAGACUUUGCCUUUAGCUAUUAAACCUGCAUGACACAGUGACAGAAGGAACACCAUUACAACAAAUGCCUGUAUUGCCUCCCCACGGCGGCAGCAUCUGUUGCUUUUGCUUCUAGAUUUGAUUUUUUUUUCUUGUUUGGCAUCUACAUCCAUGUGAAAGGUAAAAAAUAUCUUUGACCAGCAGGUCAGUGGGGGCAGGACAGAAUGUACAUUUCUAUUUCUAUUUUUGUCCUUACUAAAGGAAACAGGGCAAAAUAAGUAGAAUGAUGAGUACAAUGCUAAUAAAAAUAAUAUAAAAAGAAUAAAAUAUUUAUUUUUGUCCAUGUCUAAUGCCGAUCUAACUCUUCAUGGGGAUGUAUUUUCACAAUGGUAAUACUGUAAAAUGUUUAAU